AAUCUAAAAAAUCUUCUUUCUCUUCCAUCUCUUUCUUUUUUUUUCUGAGAUAGGUAAUAAAAAAUCAUUCAAGCAUUUUCUCUCUCUUCAGAAGCCAUUGAAGCUGGGAAGGGAAAUUCGAAACCUCAGAUCUCGCAUAAAAAACCCUAGAAUUUCGAUGGAGACACCAACCAUGUGAUCUGAUGAGAAUGUUGAGCUUGGCAAAAGUGAUGGGCUGGAGUGAUUACGUGUAUUUUAAUUGUUGGAUUCUGAGGUCUUGAUUUGUGAAUAACACUAGUGGUGAAGCAUGAACAUUGUCAAGGGCGUUGCCGACCUUAUCCGAAGGACAUCUGGUGGCCAAACUGGAGAGUCUACUUCGGGGCCCCAAGUGGAGAAAUUUUCUGCUCCCAGUCCGAAAAUCCGGUUCAGUGAAGUUGGUGAUGAGGCAAUUCUUUGUACACUCUGGGGGAGAUAUGAGAAUGCCAUUGACAAGGUGGAGAAGAGAAAGUUGUUAUUUGUUUUCCUCAAGCAAUUCUUAAUUGUAUACAAGAACUGGGAGCCUGUUGAUUCUGGCCAGUUUCUGGACACUGCUUCCUCUGCAGCUUCAACUGGGGAGUAUUCAUCACGAUUUGAUGAUAUAGUGGUUGGUUGCUCAGCUGGGCAUCCUGCUGAAAUUAUUUUGGUCCUAACCGAAGAGGUUGGACAAUUGACUGCUCUAGUCACAGAGUUAUCAGGGGCAUCCACCAGCUUCACUAUCACCUCGGAAGGGUUUCCUGUCUUGGAUGCUCUAAAAAUUGUUACUCGCUCAAUGCAUAAUUGUAGAGUUUUCGGCUACUAUGGUGGGAUUCAGAAGCUUACAACACUAAUGAAAGCGGCUGUUGUCCAACUCAAAACAGUUGCCAGUAUACUUUCUGCCGAUGAAAGUUUAUCAAAUUUUACCGUAGAGAAGACAGGAAUCUUGCAAAAAGUACUUGUAUAUGUGGUGUCAAUAAUAUGUAGUUUCAUCGAUUUACAUACAAAUACGUUGGAGAAGACUCAAUUGUACAGUAAUGCUGUGGAGUUUUCUGUUCCCAGAAAUGGUGCAUCCUCAAGUGAUCCUCCUAGUAGUUUGAAGGUUUCUAUUUGUGAAACAAGGCUACAGUGGCAUCAAAAGGCAGUUGUAUCUGUGAUGGAAGCUGGUGGUCUUAAUUGGUUAGUAGAACUGUUGCGUGUCAUCAGAAGAUUGAGUAUGAAAGAACAAUGGACAGAUACACCACUUCAGUAUGUGACUUUGAGAACACUCUAUUCCGCGCUCUCAGAGAAUCCUAGGGGACAAAAUCAUUUUAGAAGUAUUGGAGGUCUUGAAGUUCUAUUGGAUGGACUUGGACUUCCGCCGAAUAAUCCAUUAAUAUCUAAAAUUUCAUGUUGUUCUGACGAAGAAAGAGAUGAAAAUCCUUCUUUGGAUGUUUUUCGGCUCCAUAUUCUUUCUUUGGAAGUUCUUAGAGAGGCUGUCUUUGGGAAUUUGAACAACUUGCAGUUUCUAUGUGAAAAUGGUAGAGUUCAUAAAUUUGCAAAUAGCUUUUGCUUGCUUGCUUUCAUGGUUCAAGAGUACAAGCAACAGAGCAAGGAUGACUUUCAACUACCUGCUUUUGACUCUAUAAAUGAGAAUAAAGUAGAAAUUUGUAUCAGGAAGUCUUUUCUGCCACUUCCGGACAAUGCUUCUUAUUUGCAAUAUUGGAGUGAUUAUGCUGUCAAGUUGAACAGAGUUCUCUGUUCUUUCCUUCUUGCCGCAGAAGAAAAUAGAUCUCAUCAUGUCUUGUUAUCAACUGGUCGAAGUGCCAUGCCAGUCUCUUCGGUUUAUGGAGAACUUUCUAUAAAAUGGAUUAUGAGGGUUCUUCUUACAAUAUUCCCAUGCAUCAAGGCUUUUACGAACCAAAAUGAGCUGCCAAUUCAUUUAAGGAUCUUUGUCAAUACCCUGCAGAAUUCUGUUCUUCAUGCAUUCAGGACGAUUCUUGUUUCCUCACCAUUAUUGCUUGAGGUAUUUCGAGAAGAGGGAAUAUGGGACCUCAUCUUCUCUGAGAAUUUUUUCUAUUUUGGACCAGCGUCAGAAGGAUCUUCUAUCGAGUGUUGCACAUAUAAUGAGGGAUCUCUGAGUAAUUCUGAAAUAUAUGCCUCUAAUGACUGUCAAGGGAAGGCUGUUGGAGUUGAAAUCCUUCAAAUGGAAGUAAUUUCAUUUGUGGAAUUUGCAGCAACAUUUAGUGGGAGUGCACAUAACUUGCCUGAAUGUUCUGUUUUAUUAGAUGCCCUUGAACAAUCUUCUUGUAAUCCUGAGAUUGCUAGCAUUCUUGCGAAGAGUUUGCUUCGGAUAUUACAGCUUUCAUGUGAGAAAACUAUUGCUUCUUUCAAGACACUUGAUGCAAUAACCCGGGUGCUGAAAGUUGCUUGCAUUCAGGCCCAGGAAUAUGGAAGACCUGGAAAUAUAGGCCUCAAUGUUAAAAACAACAGUGUGGAAGUAGUUUCACCCCAAAGUUGUCAGAGAUUUGAUCCAUCUGAGAAGGCCCAAAGUUGUCUGAAAAGCAUGGAAGCAUCCAUGGAUCUCUUAAUGGAAUACAUCUCAAUAGCAGAUUCAGAUGAUGCAGAAAUUUUGGUUUUGCGUAGUUCCACAUGUGUUGACUGCUUGUUUGAUUUAUUCUGGGAAAAGACUUUCAGAAAUCGUGUGCUUAAUCUUAUUCUUGACCUAAUGAAGAUUGUACCAUUUUCUGAUGAAGAUCAGAGAGCGAAAUUGCGUCUAUGUUCUAAAUACCUAGAAACAUUUACUCAAAUAAAGGAGCGGGAAAAAAGUUUUGCAGAAUUGUCAAUUGAUCUGUUGGUUGGAAUGAGAGCUAUGCUGUUGACUGAUCAAGUGCACUAUCAGGAUUUGUUUCGUGAUGGAGAAUGCUUUUUGCAUGUUGUCUCUUUGUUAAAUGGAAACCUUGAUGAGGCAAAUGGAGAGAAGUUAGUUCUGAAUGUUCUGCAAACUCUUACCUGUUUGCUUGCAAGGAAUGAUGCCUCAAAGGCUGCAUUUAGAGCUCUUGUUGGCAAGGGCUAUCAGACUUUGCAAAGUCUAUUAUUGGAGUUUUGCCAAUGGCGGCCAAGUGAGGGGCUUCUAAAUGCACUGCUUGACAUGCUUGUAGAUGGAAAGUUUGAUAUAAAAGCAAGCCCUGUAAUUAAGAAUGAAGAUGUAAUUAUCCUUUAUUUGAGUAUUCUCCAGAAGAGCAGUGACUCAUCACGGCAUUAUGGGCUCAAUGUAUUUCAGCAACUGCUUAGAGACUCCAUUUCCAAUCGUGCUUCAUGUGUCAGAGCAGGAAUGCUUAAUUUUCUUCUUGACUGGUUUUCGCAAGAGGACAUGGAUAGUGUCAUUUUGAAAAUUGCUCAGUUAAUUCAGGUCACUGGUGGGCAUAGCAUAUCUGGGAAGGAUAUUCGCAAAAUCUUUGCUCUCCUACGAAGCAAGAAAAUUGGGACUCAGCAAAAGUACUGCUCAUUAUUGUUGACCAGCAUUUUAUCUAUGUUAAAUGAGAAAGGACCUACUGCCUUUUUUGAUCUCAAUGGGAGUGAUUCUGGGGUCAAGAUCACAACACCUGUCCAGUGGCCUCUCAAUAAGGGGUUCUCUUUUUCAUGUUGGCUCAGAGUAGAAAGCUUCCCUAGGAAUGGGACAAUGGGACUGUUUAGUUUUCUCACAGAAAAUGGAAGAGGAUGCUUGGCUGCACUUGCUAAGGACAAGCUGAUUUAUGAGUCUAUCAAUCAGAAGCGACAAUGUGUUUCACUGCAUGUCAACCUUGUCAGAAAGAAAUGGCAUUUUCUUUGUCUAACCCAUAGUAUUGGGAGAGCAUUUUCAGGGGGUAGCCAAUUGAGAUGUUACGUGGAUGGAAAUCUGGCAUCAUCUGAAAAAUGCAGAUAUCCAAAAAUCAGUGAAUUAUUGACAAGUUGCACAAUCGGCACAAAAAUAAAUCUGCCUCCAUAUGAAGAAGAGAAUGCUGUGUACUCCAUCAAGGAGUCAUCCCCUUUUCUUGGUCAGAUUGGUCCCAUUUAUAUGUUUAAUGAUGUUAUUACUUCUGAGCAAGUCCUGGGUAUCUAUUCCCUAGGACCUAGCUAUAUGUAUUCUUUCCUUGAUAAUGAAAUUGCAAGUUCUUAUGAUAACCCAUUGCCUAGUGGAAUACUUGAUGCUAAAGACGGCCUUGCAUCUAAAAUUAUCUUUGGACUUAAUGCACAGGCAAGUGAUGGCCGGACUCUGUUUAACGUUUCCCCACUCCUGGAUCAUGCACUGGAUAAAAAUUCAUUUGAAGCAACAGUGAUGCUAGGCACACAGUUAUGUUCACGGCGAUUACUGCAGCAGAUAAUUUACUGUGUUGGGGGUGUUUCCGUGUUUUUCCCUCUCUUUUCCCAGUCUGAUAGGUAUGAAAAUGUUGAAAGUGGAAAAUUGGAGCAUACAUUGCUUACACCUAUCACAAAAGAGCGUCUAACUGCUGAAGUCAUUGAGCUUAUAGCUUCUGUCUUAGACGAGAAUUCAGCAAACCAACACCAGAUGCAUCUUCUUUCUGGGUUUUCAAUUCUUGGAUUUUUAUUACAAUCAGUUCCUCCUGUGCAACUUAAUUUGGAGACGCUCUCAGCUUUGAAACACAUGUUUAAUGUUGUUGCAAGCUGUGGCUUGUCAGAGCUGCUUGUGAAAGAUGCUAUAUCUAGUGUUUUCCUUAAUCCUCUUAUCUGGGUGUACACAGUUUACAAGGUGCAACGUGAACUGUACAUGUUUCUCAUCCAGCAAUUUGAUAAUGACCCAAGGUUGCUUAAGAGCCUGUGUCGGCUCCCACGUGUUAUUGAUAUAAUUCGCCAAUUUUACUGGGGAAAUGCAAAAUCUCGAUCUGCUAUAGGAAGCAAGCCUCUUUUGCAUCCCAUUACGAAACAAGUUAUUGGAGAGAGACCCAGUAAAGAAGAAAUACGUAAAAUUCGUCUUCUUUUAUUAAGCCUUGGUGAAAUGAGUGUCAGGCAGAAUAUUGCAGCAUCAGAUAUAAAAGCCCUUGUAGCAUUCUUCGAGACGAGUCAGGAUAUGGCAUGCAUUGAGGAUGUUCUGCAUAUGGUUAUUCGUGCUGUUUCUCAAAAAUCAUUGCUUGCUUCUUUUCUGGAACAAGUCAAUUUGAUAGGGGGUUGUCACAUAUUUGUCAAUCUUCUUCAGAGGGAGUUUGAGCCUGUCAGAUUGCUUGGCUUGCAGUUCCUGGGAAGACUUUUGGUUGGUCUUCCAUCUGAGAAGAAGGGACCAAAAUUUUUCAACCUUGCAGUUGGAAGAUCCAGAUCCGCCUCAGAAAGUCAAAGAAAAAUCAGUUUAAGGAUGCAACCAAUUUUCUUUGCCAUGUCUGAUAGGUUGUUCAGAUUUUCACUGACAGAUAAUUUGUGUGCCACCUUGUUUGAUGUUCUUCUUGGUGGUGCUAGCCCUAAACAGGUGCUACAGAAACAUAGCCAUGUUGACAAGCAUAGAAGCAAAGCAAGUAGCUCCCACUUCUUCCUUCCUCAGAUCUUGGUUCUCAUUUUUAGAUUCUUGUCUGGUUGUGGAGAUGCAUCAGCAAGAUUGAAAAUAAUGACUGACCUACUUGAUCUUCUUGACUCAAAUCCUUCAAAUAUUGAAGCUUUAAUGGAAUAUGCGUGGAAUGCAUGGUUAACAGCAUCUAUGAGGUUAGACGUGUUGAAAAUCUACAAAGUUGAAUCACGAAUUCAAAGUGACACAGAAAUAAACGAGCAAAAUCUUGUGAGGAACUUAUUCUGUGUUGUUCUUUGUCACUACACACUCUCUGUAAAAGGUGGCUGGCAACAUUUAGAAGAGACAGUGAAUGUCCUAGUAAUGAAUUGUGAAGAAGGUGGCAUGUCAUAUCAAUACUUGCUUCGUGAUAUAUAUGAAGACUUAAUACAGAGGCUGGUGGACAUAUCUUCCGAUGACAAUAUUUUUGUUUCACAGCCAUGUCGAGACAAUACGUUAUACCUUCUAAGACUGGUUGAUGAGAUGCUUAUUUCUGAACUCGACAUUAAACUUCCGCUUCCUGCAAGUAGCUCAGAUUUUUCUCUUGAUUCCUUGGAUUUAGAAAGUCUAAAAGAUCUGGUUUCCUCUUCAUUUGAGGCCUUGCAUGGAGAAUCUGAUGACCUACUGUCCAGUUCUAGAAAUCCACGGGUUCACAAGAAGCCUAUCUCAAAUGAAAAAGAAAUAAUCGAUGACAAGUGGUGGAGUAUAUAUGACAAUUUGUGGAUUAUUAUUAGUGAGAUGAAUGGCAAGGGACCAAGCAAAUUAUUACCCAAAUCUUCGUCAACCGUGGGGCCAUCUUUUGGCCAAAGGGCACGUGGCUUAGUAGAAUCAUUGAAUAUACCUGCUGCAGAAAUGGCAGCAGUUGUUGUAUCAGGAGGGAUUGGCAAUGCCUUGGGUGGAAAACCAAAUAAAAAUGUUGAUAAGGCUAUGCUAUUAAGAGGUGAGAAGUGCCCAAGAAUUGUUUUUCGACUCAUGAUUCUAUAUCUCUGUAGAUCUUCUCUAGAAAGAGCAUCGCGAUGUGUCCAACAGUUCAUUCCACUUCUGUCUUGUCUUCUUGCUGCUGAUGAUGAGCAUAGCAAGAGCAGAUUGCAGCUUUUCAUCUGGGCUUUGGUGGCUGUCAGGUCACAGUAUGGAAUGCUAAAUGAUGGUGCUCGUUUCCAUGUCAUAUCACACUUGAUUCGAGAAACAGUCAACUGCGGAAAGUCAAUGCUAGCCACCAGCAUUGUAAGCAGAGAAGAUCCUUCAGAUUCAGGCAGCAAUCCAAAAGAAACAGGCACUAUUCAGAAUCUAAUUCAAAAGGAUCGAGUGCUUGGUGCGGUUUCUGAUGAGGCAAAAUAUAUAAAGACUUGCAAAAGUGAACGCAGAAGACAGUUGCAUGAGCUCCACACUAGGCUGGAUGAAAAUUCGUCCACAGAAUCUAGCCACAAUAAAGCUUUUGAAGAUGAAAUACAGAGUAGCCUAAGCACCAUUCUGGCUUCAGAUGACAGUAGAAGAGCUGUAUACCAGCUUGCUCAUGAUGAGGAGCAGCAAAAUGUGGCUGAAAAAUGGAUGCACUUGUUUCGCACUUUGAUUGAUGAGAGAGGUCCAUGGUCUGCUAAUCCUUUUCCAAAUAGUGCUGUAAGACAUUGGAAACUUGAUAAGACGGAAGAUGCAUGGCGGCGCAGACUGAAAUUAAGACAGAAUUACCAUUUUGAUGAAAGGCUUUGUCAUCCUCCAUCCACUUCCCCAAGCAAAGAAGCUACUGUUCCUAUUAAUGAAAACAAAUCUGGUUUAGGGCGACAUAUUCCAGAGCAAAUGAAGCAGUUUCUACUGAAAGGGGUGCAUAGGAUAACUGAUGAGGGGACCUCAGAAACCAAUGAAAAUGAUGCUGACCUAGGUGGACAAAAGGCCUCUGUCUCAGUGGAUCUUUCAGAGAGUCAGCACCCUGAACUGGUAAAAGACAGCAGUGAUCAGAAGGAUGCUCAAGAUAGAAAAGAUUCUUCUUCCUCUCCACCAGAGACAGAAGCUAGUGAGGUUCUUAUGUCUGUUGCAUGUGUACUUGUAACACCGAAGCGAAAAUUAGCUGGAUAUUUAGCAGUCAUGAAAAAUUUCUUGCAUUUCUUUGGUGAAUUUUCGGUGGAAGGAACUGGAGGAUCAUCUGUUUUUAAGAACUUGAAUACUUCAAGCAAUUCUGACCUGACCAAGCCUGAUCAAUUGGGAGGAGUUCAAAAGCAGAGGUUUCAUAAAUGGCCCAUAAAUUCUGAUUUUGAAUCUGAAAAAGGGAUCAUUAGUAUAGAUGCAAUUCAUGAAAACAGGCUCCAAAAACAGCCAAAAAAUAUGAAGCGCCAUCGAAGAUGGAAUAUUGUCAAGAUAAAAUCUGUUCAUUGGACUCGAUAUUUGCUUAGAUACACUGCUAUAGAGAUCUUCUUCAAUGAUUCAGUUGCACCCAUAUUUUUUAAUUUUGCUUCACAAAAGGAUGCAAAAGAUGUUGGAACAUUGAUAGUUGCCACCAGGAAUGACUCUAUGUUUCCAAAAGGGAGUAACAGGGACAAGAAUGGAGCUAUUUCCUUUGUUGAUAGACGUGUAGCACUGGAAAUGGCAGAAACUGCCAGAGAAAGUUGGAAAAGAAGGGAAAUGACAAACUUCGAAUAUCUGAUGAUUCUCAACACUCUUGCAGGAAGAUCUUAUAAUGAUUUAACCCAAUAUCCGGUCUUUCCUUGGGUAUUGGCUGAUUAUUCCUCAGAGAUUCUAGAUUUUAACAAAUCAUCAACCUUUCGUGAUCUUUCAAAGCCUGUUGGAGCACUGGACUUGAAACGGUUUGAGGUUUUUGAGGAUAGAUACCGUAACUUCUGUGAUCCUGAUAUCCCCAGUUUCUACUAUGGAUCUCAUUACUCAAGCAUGGGGAUUGUGCUUUUUUACCUGCUUAGAUUAGAGCCAUUCACAGCUCUUCACCGUAAUUUGCAGGGUGGUAAGUUUGACCAUGCAGAUCGUCUUUUUCAAAGCAUUGAGGCCACAUAUCGGAACUGCCUUUCUAAUACAAGUGAUGUGAAGGAGUUAAUACCUGAAUUCUUCUACAUGCCUGAGUUUCUUGUUAAUUCAAACUCUUAUCAUCUUGGAGUAAAACAGGAUGGUGGACCUAUAGGUGAUAUCUGCCUCCCCCCUUGGGCCAAGGGCUCGCCUGAAGAAUUUAUAAAUCGAAACCGGGAGGCUCUUGAAAGUGAAUAUGUUAGCUCAAAUCUUCACCACUGGAUUGAUUUGGUAUUUGGUUACAAGCAACGUGGAAAACCAGCAGUUGAGGCAGCAAAUAUUUUUUACUAUUUAACUUAUGAAGGUGCUGUGGAGCUAGAAACCAUGGAAGAUGAUUUGCAAAGAUCAGCCAUCGAAGACCAGAUUGCAAAUUUUGGCCAGACGCCUAUCCAGAUUUUUCGUAAAAAGCACCCUAGAAGAGGACCACCAAUACCUAUUGCUCAUCCUUUAUACUUCGCUCCUGGUUCUAUUAAUUUGACUUCUAUUGUCUCUAGUACAAGUUCUCCAACAUCAGCUGUAUUAUACGUUGGUAUAUUGGACUCAAACAUUGUCCUUGUCAACCAGGGGCUCACCAUGUCAGUUAAGAUGUGGUUGACAACCCAGCUUCAAUCCGGUGGAAAUUUUACCUUCUCUGGGUCACAGGAUCCUUUUUUUGGGAUUGGUUCUGACAUCCUUUCUUCUCGAAAAAUUGGAAGUCCUUUGGCUGAAUAUAUUGAACUCGGAGCGCAAUGCUUUGCAAUAAUGCAGACACCAUCUGAAAAUUUUUUAAUUUCAUGUGGCAAUUGGGAAAAUAGCUUCCAGGUCAUAUCCCUAAAUGAUGGAAGAAUGGUGCAGAGCAUCCGACAGCAUAAAGAUGUUGUUAGCUGUGUUGCAGUCACAUCUGAUGGACGUAUCCUUGCAACUGGAAGCUAUGACACAACAGUCAUGGUAUGGGCGGUUUCUCGUGUCAGAGGCUCGGAGAAAAGAGUUAAAACUACACAAGCGGAGCUACCCCGUAAAGACUAUGUGAUUGUUGAAACUCCUUUUCAUAUACUCUGUGGGCAUGAUGAUAUAAUUACAUGCUUAUUUGUUAGUGUGGAGCUGGAUAUAGUUAUCAGUGGAUCAAAAGAUGGAACCUGUGUUUUUCAUACCUUGAGGGAGGGGAGAUAUGUAAGAUCUCUUCGCCAUCCAUCUGGAAGUGCAUUGUCAAAGCUUGUUGCAUCUCGGCAUGGACGGAUUGUGCUUUAUUCUGAUGAUGAUCUCAGUUUGCACCUGUACUCUAUUAACGGAAAACACAUUGCCACUUCUGAAUCCAAUGGUCGCCUCAACUGUGUUCAGCUAAGUGGUUGCGGUGAGUUUUUGGCUUGUGCUGGUGACCAAGGGCAGAUAAUCGUGCGUUCGAUGAACUCACUUGAGGUUGUGAAAAGGUAUAAUGGAAUUGGAAAGAUAAUAACAUCUCUAACAGUAACCCCAGAAGAAUGCUUCCUAGCUGGGACCAAGGAUGGAAGUCUUCUUGUGUACUCCAUAGAAAAUCCCCAACUUCAAAAAGCUAGCCUUCCUCGAAACCUGAAAUCCAAAGUUUCUGCAACUGGAUAGAUCCACGGUUAUGGACUGCUAUGAUGUGUUUAUGAUUUUUGCUCUAAGGAGUCUCUCUGCUCAAAUGCAGAAAGCAUCCAUCACUGAGUGGAGAUCUUCAGACCCCCAAAUUUCUCCCUUGGGGAAUUAUCUCUUUUAAAUGUUUCAUGUAUGAAGACAAUAAAGAGAUUCACAGUUGUAUCGGCAUUUUGCUUCAACUAGAUGGAAGCGUCUUCCGCUUCAUCAGCAACAUACAUACAUCUCAAAUGGUUUGCAAGAUGCUACUUGUACUCAUAAACUCAUGCAAAAGGUGGGCAGAUGCUACAUUCUAUUAAACCGUCUCAUCUACCUUGAGGAGGCUAGUUGUGGUCAGAAUCGGAUGCUAACACAUUCAUGUACACUAUAUUCUUACAGGCGGGUAUAUCAGAAACAUUAUGUAACCAAUAGUGAUAUUUCAGAUUUUUAUUUUCUUUCUGCAACAGCGAGUGUAUUAAAAACUUUGUACAGAUAGGCUUCAGGCCUUGUCCUAAAGUAAAUGGAAUUUUGUUAAUCCAA